AUGUGUUGCGUAGGAGAAUGUAUCAUCAAAUAUGUGCUUCUUUUAGGCAAUUUAAUAUUUUCUAUCGUGGGCCUGGUCAUCCUAGGCCUGGGUAUAGCGGCUCACGUUCAGCUCCAAGAAAUCACAGAUCUUAUUCCCAUUAAUCUAAGUAUUAUAUCAAUAGGAAUCAUAGUUUUAGGUUCAUUCGUAUUCAUCAUUGCUUUCCUAGCAUGCUGCGGAGCGAUCUUAAAGUCUGUGUGGAUGUUGAUAACUUAUUCCAUCUGUAUGUUAAUCAUGGCUGGUGUCAAGAUAUAUCUAGCCGUGGUAAUGUUCAACUUUUUAAGUGACGCUCAAGCAACAGUUACCGGAUGGAUUAGCAACGGAUUCAAUAGUGAAAAUCCUAGUCCGGCAUUCCUCGGUAUGCAAACUUUGUUCAGUUGCUGUGGAACAACUGGUUCUGGCUCGUAUGGCCCUAAUCCGCUACCACCCAGCUGCUGCCCAAGCACCGACCAAAACCAAUGUCAAGCAGAGGAUGCUUUUGGUGGUUGUUCAGACCUUGUGGCAUCUUGGUUCACCACGUACGGAGGAGCCGUCACUGGGAUCUUAAUUGGUGUUAUUGUUUUUGAGCUGGUGUUCAUGAUUUUUGCGUGCCACGUGGUCAACACUAUCAGAAACCGAAAAUAUACAGCUUAA